AGUAUAGCAUUUUUCACGACCAGAAUCGCACCCGACCGGACCUGUCAAACGGCAGUUUUUCUUGCUCGGCUCUGCAAAGCGUAAAAGAUCCAUUCCCGUUUUCAGUGGUAGUGUGACGAUUGUGCGACAGUUUUUGCUAAAAUAAUCCAGAAAAAUGGUCUCACUGAACCCGGUCCGUAUUCUGAAGAAUGAAGCCGAGGAGGAGAAGGGCGAAAUCGCUCGGCUGUCGUCGUUCGUGGGUGCGAUCGCAAUCGGCGAUCUCGUCAAGAGCACACUCGGCCCCAAGGGAAUGGACAAAAUCCUGGUCGCCCACGGACGCAGCGCCGGACAGGUCGAGGUGACCAACGACGGUGCCACCAUUCUCAAGGCGGUCGGCGUAGAUAAUCCCGCUGCGAAGAUUCUGGUCGACAUGAGUCGCGUCCAGGACGAUGAGGUCGGUGAUGGAACCACUUCGGUCACAGUGUUCGCCUCGGAACUGCUCCGGGAGGCGGAAAAGCUGAUUGAGCAAAAGUUGCACCCCCAGACCAUCAUUGCCGGAUGGCGUGCGGCCACCCAGACUGCUCGGUCCGCCCUGAUUGCAGCCGCUCAGGAUAACUCAAAUAAUGUGGACAAGUUCCGGGAGGAUCUGAUGAACAUCGCUCGCACUACACUGAGCUCCAAGAUCCUGUCGCAGCACAAGGAAUACUUUGCCAAGCUGGCUGUCGAUGCUGUGAUGCGCCUGAAGGGAUCCGGCGAAAUGUCCGCCAUCCAACUGAUCAAGAAAACCGGUGGCACCCUGGAGGAGUCUUUCCUGGACGAAGGAUUCUUGCUGGACAAGAAACCCGGAGUUCACCAGCCGAAGCGCGUCGAGAACGCCAAGAUCCUGAUCGCCAACACGCCCAUGGACACCGAUAAAAUCAAGGUGUUCGGCUCGAGCAUCAAGGUUGACUCGAUGGCGAAGAUUGCGGAGCUGGAGGUCGCCGAAAAGGAGAAGAUGAAGGACAAGGUCAACAAGAUCCUCGGCCACAACUGCACCGUGUUCAUCAACCGUCAGCUGAUCUACAACUACCCGGAGCAGUUGUUCGCCGACGCCGGAGUCAUGGCCAUCGAGCAUGCCGAUUUCGAUGGAAUCGAGCGCCUGGCCCUGGUCACCGGCGGCGAGAUCGUGUCCACCUUCGACAACCCCGAUCUGGUCAAGAUGGGUCGGUGCGACCUGAUCGAGCAGAUCAUGAUCGGAGAGGACACUCUGCUGCGCUUCAGUGGAGUCCCGUUGGGUGAGGCUUGCACGAUCGUGAUCCGUGGUGCCACCCAGCAGAUCAUCGACGAAGCGGAACGCUCGCUGCAUGACGCCCUGUGCGUCCUGACCGCAACCGUCAAGGAAACCCGCAUCGUCUAUGGUGGAGGUUGCUCGGAAACGCUGAUGGCCACUGCCGUCUACAAGCUGGCCGCUGAAACUCCCGGCAAGGAAGCCAUGGCCAUGGAAUCGUUUGCCCGUGCCUUGCUCCAGCUGCCGAUUACGAUCGCCGACAACGCCGGGUACGAUUCGGCUCAGCUGGUGUCGGAACUCCGCGCCGGACAUUCCCAGGGCAACAGCACCCUCGGGCUGAACAUGUACGAAGGUAAGGUCGGCUGCAUGAAGGAGCUCGGCAUCACGGAAUCGUUCGCCGUCAAGCGACAGGUGCUGAUGUCCGCCUCGGAAGCCGCAGAAAUGAUUCUUCGCGUGGACAACAUCAUCAAGUGCGCACCCAGGAAGCGCGUCCCGGACCGUGGAUACUGCUAAGCUAUAGCUUCACUACUUUUUAGUUUUACUCGUAUAAUCGCGCAUUUUGUAUCACUCACAGUGUAGUACUUCCCCAUCUACACAAGCCUAUCUAAAUAUGUUUAACCGUUUACAUAUACAUCAACCUA